UUGCCCACUGUCACAGUUAAACCUGCUGAUAUGCAGCUUAUCCUAACUCCGGAACCCACUACAGAGGUUCAGAGUUUUCCAACUCAACAUAAUGUCCCAGCUCAGCCUCCAGAGACGCCUGAGGUGAAGCCUCCAACCCAGCAGGAGGACCUGAGUAAACUUUCAGAGCUCCUUGAGGACAAUGACCUGUCUCCAUUCCAACUAGAGGUUCCCCAAGAAGCCUCAGCUCAACCUCCAGAGCAACCUGAAGAGAAUGGAUCCCCUUCAAAUACCCAGGAGAAGCUAGCGGCAACUGCAGAGCCCCCUAAAGAGGUUGAAACUCAACAUCCAGGGCAUAAUGAGGUGCCAGUUUCAAGUGCAGACCAGGCACAUGGUCAGCAGCCAAAUCUGACUAAGGUCAUUGUUCAGCCAGUGGAUGUGGAAAUUACUGUAACUCUAGAAUCCAAUAUGGACAUUGAACUUUGUCCAACAAGACAUGAGACCCUAACUCAAUCUCUAGAGUCUUUUCAAAAAGUUCAGGCUAAUCUUCAACUUACCAUAACUCUAGAACCCACUACCAAGGUUGUACAUUCUAUAACCCUCCAGAAAAGCACAGUUCCUCCUAUAAAUUGA